AUGACCGAUGAUACAUUCGUGGUAGGCCGUGGUUUCCGAGAUUGUGUUGGUGUAAUGCCUGCAUUGGGAUUACAUGUUGCUAUGCCGCCAUUUCUAAGAAAGCGGAAGCAGUUCACAACUAUUGAAGUCAACAAAUCGCGUUUAAUUACCAAAAUCAGAUCGGUCGUAGAAAUGGUUAAUGCUCAGUUAAAACAAUUCAAAUUAUUUUCACAAACAUUUCAGAACUCGUCAAUUAAAGAUCUAAAGAUUUAUCAUUCAAUAGCGUGUGCAUUAAUUAAUUGUUACAAAUCGGAAGUAUUAAAAUCAAAACCUGGCGAUAUUGAGUCAUCAAAAGAAAUGCUUGAAUUAGUAAACAAGCCAAAUCUUGUUCAACAGGUAAUGCUAAGCAAUAUGCUACCUGAGAAGUGA